AUGACCUCCGAGUUGUUUGUGCGCGGGAUGCUCUACGUGUCCCUCACUGUUUUGGGCGUGCCGGGCAACGCGGCCGUCAUCCUGGCGUUCCUCCUCUUGCUGCACCGGGACAACCGCCUCCUCCCGUCCGAUGUCAUCGUCCUGCACCUGGCCCUCGUCAACCUGCUGGUGGUGGGCGUCCGCUGCCUGCUGGAGACCGUGGCCUCCUUCCGCCUGUCCGGCAUCUUCGGAGACGCGGGCUGCAAGGCCGUGAUCUUCGUCUACAGAACGUCGCGGUCCCUCUCCAUCUGGCUCACCUUCGUCUUGAGCGCCUACCAGUGCCUGAGCGUCGCCCCACCCGGGUCGCGCUGGGCCUCCUGCCGCGCCCUGUUGGCCCGGCAUUUGGGCUUAGUGUUCUUCUCCCUCUGGCUCCUCAACACCUGCAUGUCCUCAGCGGCCAUUCUCUUCUCCUUCGGCAGCGAAAACGCCUCCAACCUGACGGGCUACGACGUCAACGUCCAAUUCUGCUUCGUCAACUUUCCCUCAAAGUUGUCCGUCCAGGCGAACGGGGCCUCCCAGGUGGGCAGAGAUGUGGUGCCCAUGGCCCUCAUGACGCUGACCAGCCUGGUCAUCCUGGUCUUCCUCUUCAAGCACAGCCGGCAGGCGAAGGACCUGCGCGGCAGCGGGGGCAGAGGAGGCGGGGCGGAGCAGCGCGCCGCCAAAGUGGUGGUAGCGCUGGUGACCCUGUACGUGGUCCUCUACGGGGUGGACAACGGGCUUUGGGUCUACGCUCUCACAGCCAGGAAGGCCAUGGAGUCCUCGCUGAUCUCUGACCUGCGUAUAUUCUUCUCUUCCCUCUACGCCGCGCUGAGCCCCGUGGUCAUCAUCGCGUCCAACAGGAAGGUGAAUGGGCGACUGAGGUGUGGCGUGAAGGGGAAGCCCGUCGAGGAGAAGGACACGUGUGGGAUGGCGCAUUGUUCACAGGGGGGCAGUGGAAUGAAAGCAUGAUUAUGAGGGUGAAUCUUUGCACAGCGUGGGUAAUCCGCGGGUCCCUUUUGUUCACCGGGUGAAUUCUGUUUAGUGAAAGGAACGGCAUG